GGUGCGAGGGGGGAUGCCGUCACUUAGCGCCGCCCGAUACGCCGAUCGAUAAGCCUCAAAAAACAUUCGGCGGGACAAUUUCCAUUGACAACUUUUUUUUUAACGACAUCGUCCAAGACACCCAAAGCACACACCACGCGCUUUCCACACCAUGGCGAAACGACCCGCAGACUCGGAGCAAGAGCAGGAGGCAAUCAAAAAUGGAGAGCGUCCCAUGGAGAUUGACCAGCACAACGACGUGGGCGACUUCGAGGACGAAUUCGAGGAUGAGUUCGAGAGCGAGGACGAGAUCCUAGAGGCCGGCGUAGACGGACGGCCGGACGAGGAGCGCGAAGCAGAAGAGCGCGAGAGUGGUAUGGAUGUUGACCAAGAUACCUUCAUUCCUGGUCGACACAAACUCUCCCCAGGCGAGACACUGAACCCCGAUCUUUCGACAUAUGAGAUGCUCCAUGCGCUCGAAGCCCCAUGGCCCUGUCUAUCAUGCGACAUCGUACCCGACAACCUAGGCGUAGACCGCAAAACAUACCCCGCAACCGUCUACUCGGUCGCUGGCACACAAGCAGCGCGAGGAAGGGACAAAGAGAACCAGAUCAUGGUCAUGAAGAUGAGCAGCCUGUCGCGCAUGGAGAAGGAGGACGAAGAGGACGACGACGAGGAUUCCGACGACGAGGCUUCAGACCCCAUCCUCGAGACCAAGUCGAUACCCUUGACCAGCUGCACCAACCGCAUACGCGCCCACCAAACACCACAAGCAACAUCUGCACAGCCUCCUACAACCCUGACUGCUGCCAUGACCGAGUCAGGACAGGUUCUGAUCCACGACGUUACUCCCCACCUCACAGCCUUCGAUACCCCAGGUACUACCAUCUCGCCCACACAAAACAAGCCUGUCUGCACGAUUCGCGCCCAUGGAUCCAACGAGGGUUAUGCGCUAGAUUGGUCGCCAAUCAUACCAGAGGGCAAGCUCCUGACGGGCGACUGUACUGGAAAGAUCUUUGCGACGACACGGACACAGGGUGGAGGUUUCGUCACAGACACCACACCGUAUACCGGCCAUAGUGGCUCGGUAGAGGAGCUCCAGUGGUCACCAACUGAGAAACAUGUCUUCUCCUCCGCGUCAAGCGAUGGCACAGUUAAGAUCUGGGACGCGCGGUCAAAGUCACGGAAGCCUGUACUCAGUGUGCAAGCCUCAAAGACAGACGUCAACGUACUGAGUUGGUCGCAUCAAACCGCACAUCUUCUCGCUACCGGCGCAGAUGAUGGCGAGUGGGCAGUUUGGGACCUGCGGCAAUGGAAGCCCUCUACAGACAUGUCAAACGACAAGAAGCCUUCGCCAGUUGCAUCGUACACUUUCCACAAGGAGCAAAUCACUUCGGUCGAGUGGCAUCCUACAGACGACAGUAUUGUGCUUGUUUGCGCUGGUGACAACACCCUUACUCUGUGGGAUCUAGCUGUCGAGCUCGACGACGAAGAGAGCAAGUACACAGCUGGCGUGCAGGAUGUACCACCGCAACUACUAUUCGUGCACUACAUGGAGCAGAUCAAGGAGGCGCAUUGGCAUCCGCAAAUCCCGGGCGCCAUUAUGGCCACAGGAGGAUCUGGAUUUAACGUCUUCAAAACAAUCAGUGUAUGAGGCAGAUUCAUGUCUUGCCAACAAUUCAAAAUUUCUCGCCUUUGUUUCUCUCCAUUCCAGCGCGUGGUUUCCUCCUUUGUUACGCACUAUCAUACCUGCUCUUCCUCCCAAUCCGGUUGACAAAGAGCUAGAGCCGACCGAGCCAAUCAUAGAAGUAUCUUCAAGUUCACAUUCAGACUCACCUCUAUCA